GUUUGUUGUCAACUUUUGUCUCUACCUCCCUUCCUUUUUCUUCUCUAGACCAUGCUCCCAUUAUACCCAAGAGCCUGCUCCCAUGCCCUGCAUGUCUUGCUGUUGAAACGAUUUGCACAAGAACAUCCCUCUUGAUGAGGAAUUCCUCAGAUUCUCUUGGCCUCUCCACUUCUACUCCAUCUACUUGAUGUUCCAAUGCACUGCACUGAUCCAGAGUUUUCAAUCUUGUAAUUCAAUUCGGCACAACCUUUCACUACACAGUAGAUUUGUCAGAGUACAGAAUGAAGGUACAGGUAAAAGUUCAUGGUGGAUGAUCAACCCUGAUGGUGGAAAAGGUGGCAAGUCUCCAAGAAGACGUGCAGUUUCUAUGGACAAUAGUAACAAAUAUGCAAAAAGCAGGGGAAGGGCAGCCAAAAAAAAGGCUGCUUUGCAAGUUGCACAAGAAACUACUGCUGAAAGCCCUUUGCAACACACAAAAUGGCCCGGGAGCCCAACAUCCCGCAGUAGCGAUGAAUUUGAUGCAUGGACAGACUUCCGUUCUCGUACAAACUCCAAUGCCAGCACUUUGAGUGGUCGGUUGUCUCCUAUUUUAGCCAAUCCUGAGUUAGACAAUGUUCAGGAUGAUGACACUGCUCCGUUGUCUCCCAUGUUGUACUCUAGUCCAUCUAACAUGUCCCCAACUGUAAGUAAACCAAGCGCUGUUGAACUGCCCAGGUUGACUGACAUGGCUGGAACCAUGAAUCUGAAUGACGGAUUAGCAGAUAAUCUUAUGGAAGACUUCCUGGACAAUAUUAACCUUCCAUCUCCUUCCCAGCAGUCAUCAUCUGGAGGUCUCAUGCAAAGAAGCUCAAGUUUUACGUAUGGUUCAAAGAGUUCUGGUUUAGGUUCGCCAUCCAGCAGUUUCAGCAAUUCUAUAUUCGGGCAGCCUGCUUUGAAUGGCUUGCGUCAAGCUCCCAUGCAAACCAUUCAAGAAAACAAACCAGCUACUUUUUCUUCAAUUUCUCGUUUUGGCAACCAAACUUUACAAGAUCUUCUUGCAUCUGAUUCACUAACCCACAGUGAUGUCAUGAUGACUCAGACUGAUCCUCUGAUGUCUCAGGCGAGUGCAGCAGUCUCUCUACAGAAUUCACAUAGAAAUCUGAUGCUUCAUAAUGAUCCAAUGAUGUCAUCCAUCACUGCCCAGUCUAAUCUGGCAAACCAUAAUCUGCUACGUCGCCAGUCUCCACCUCAGAGUUCUGAACUUAGUGGUGAUAGUGCCUUGUCAAACUCUUUGAAUCACUUGGCAUUACCAACAGACUCAAAUAACACAACCUCCUCAAAGCACCAGCUUCACUCAUCUGCCAAUCAAUCUAUGCAAAUAGGGUUGUCUGAUUCACUGUCUGGCUCUUCCUUGUAUACUGGAAGCAUGACUCUUCCCACUAUGGGCCAGGAUAAAUUCCCCAGUGAUCUGGAUUUGGAUAUGUUCAAUGGGAGUUUGGACUGCGAUGUGGAAUCGAUCAUCCGCAGUGAACUUAUGGAUGCAGAUGGGUUAGACUUCAACUUUGAUUCACUCAUUUCAGCUCAGAAUGUUGUCAACUUGAAUGUGGGACCCUUCACUGGUGCUAAACAAACCUCAACACAGAGCUGGGUUCCGGGUUGAAACCAGCUUUUCAGUGGUGGAAGCAGGCAAAGCAGGUCAGUGACUCAACAUCUGACUCACCUUUGCCAAAUCUGCUUUUGCCAAGAAACAAUGAAUUGGAUUGUAGUCAGUUUAUUUGACUGUUGUGAAUCUGACACUUUCAUCUGAAGGGCUGCAAUGGGGACAGUCCUUGGAAUUGCAUUUCAACCUAUGUGAAAGACAUCAAUGAAGUAUACAAGCUGCAUUUGAAAUGGAUCUUGAAGUAUAUUGUUAAACAAAUCUCCAAUUUGUAAGCUUCGUAGUAUCCCCGUAGUUCAUGUAAAACAGAAUCUUUAGUCCUAUAUGAACCAUUGGUUGAUACGGGUAGGUGCAGAUUUUAAUUUUUAGUGUACAUUCAAUAUCAGCAUCUGCCCAUGGACUCAUUUUAUAGCUGUUGUUGAAGUGUCAAUGGAACGGGACUAAUUGACUGUGCCACCAAAGGCAUGAAUUUUAAUGUUGAAACAACUAUACUGACCGAAUGAUGCAGGACACAGAUUUGUGUCAGAAUGCCAGGAAACUUAUACAUAUGAAGGUUUUAUUCUUUUUAAUCUGCUAAUAUAUGACUAAUUAACUGGUAUUUUAAGUAAUUUGAAACUGCAUGAACUUAUUUACAUAAGUUUUGAAGGGCAACUAGGAAUGAACCUUUCCCGUUUAUUUGGUCUUCUCUAAUCAAGAGUUGUAGAGGUUGUCUGUUGGAGAUGAAUGGAUGACUGCUUUGGCAUGUUGAUAAGUUGCAUUGAGCUGGCAAGAACAUUGCUUGCAAAAGCUUGCAUAACUUUAUCGAUCACUUGUGAACAAAUUUCAUUAUCUUGAGCCAAGCAGGAGGAGGGAACAGGAAAAAAAGUGUUCAUGUGUGGGCAAAUUAAUAUUUUAUAGGAAACCCAGAGCCAAAUCAAGUUACUCCUUUCUGAAAGUUUUUUUUCUGCAUGAAUUGAGAUAUAAAUGUAUUUAAAGGAUUCCAGAAUACUUCCUAUGUAUCCAUUCAUCAUUUUAGUGAACAACCUUCCCAAAGUUUUCUUAAAAGAAAAAAAAACCUUUUUUGUUCCUUUUUUCUUCCCAUAUUAGUACAGGUUGUUGUAAAGAUAAUCAUAUCACCAGGUUUAAAAACAAACUGCCUCCCUUCUGAAGUGAAUCAUCAUUAAUCUGCUUUAAUGUGGUGAUCAACUUUCUGUAGGUACAUUCAUACAUGGUAAAUUGUUUUGCAUACUGCUUUUCUGUAUGACAUUUGUACAUUUAUUGAAAGUUUUACUGUACUGUUUGUACCCUUACUAGCCACCUUUUGAAGUUUCUAUAUAAGGCUACCAGUGGUAUGCCAGAAAUCAAUACAGAGCAGCUCAAAUUGCAAAAAAUUAUGCAUUUCUUCAAAUUUAACACGUAAGCUUUCCUUUUUAUACAAUAGGGUAAUGCACAUUUAUAUUUUAUUAUGGGGCAGAGAUGAAUCAUUAUGCAUGACUAUUUAGUAACUCGAAUAGUUUGUCCCAAAGUUCAUCGCAUGAAAUUCCCUGCAGUCACACUCAUUGAUAUAAGUGCUCCUGGGGGAACUAGCAGUGAAAUAAAAUGUGAUGGAAAGUUGUUGUAUAAUUGACCUGUUUCAUGCUUGUAUAUGGGGCCCUUGUCUUUUCAUCAUACAUCAAAAUUCAUCACAAAUUGUGAAUUAUGUGUUGUAUUUGUGGAACGAUAGCAUAUCAAUUAAGGCAACUAAAUUGUUUUUCAUCAAAGCAAAUGAAGGUUAAGGUGGUAUAAUCAUCACUGCCAUUCAUUGAUAUUUUUGUUGAAUUUUCCACCAAAAUUGUAUUUAAAUGACUUGUAAGGAUUCUGGGGCAUUUCUGCACUCAGUUUUGUUAAAAGCAGCAUGGUAGCAUAGCAAUUGACAUUUAUUUCACUGUGGUUUCUGGUCUGAGCAUUAUUGGUAUAAUUGAUUGCAUCAUACAGUCACUUUUCAGCGAGGUCAGGACAUAGGACAAUCUCAGGCUAGAAGAAAAGGGGGGAAAGGGCUUUGUAUUGAGCCAGAGCAAAUGUACAUUCAGGUGCCCUUAUGAAGUCAGAAGUCUAAUGAGGAUUAAAAACCAAAUAUAAAUAAUCGUUUUUUCUCUAAAAUUAGCUUAAUUUACUCAACACUAACCCAAUGAACUUGAAAUGAAAAGUAUCUUUUCAUGCUAUUUUAUUGCUGUCCACUGUAUGGCUUUUUGGUUUUACGACAAAAUAAGUCAUUCUCACGAAAAAGUUAACUGAUGCCUGAUCCUUGUAGGUCAGUCAAAUAUACUCGGUUUGAUGAUCACUAGGAAACAUCUGGUUAGUUUGCAGAGCAAGCCAUGUGAUAUUUGUUCACGCUCCACAGUACACUUUAGUGUAUUGAAAUCUUAUUUUAACUUUCACACCUCACAAAUGCUGUCACGAGUUAAACUGUGAGUGUGCUGUACUGUUUUUUAAAUCAGUGCAUCUUUUUAAAAACUGACAUAAGUAUCUCAAAUCCCAUGGGGUUCAUGAGCCACAAGAAGCCACUUUAUAUUAAGGGAAACGAUAUUGUAUGGCAAGACAGAUGAAUAUGCUAGCUUUAUUUACUGGAAAUUUGUCAGAUAACAAUUUUAACAGGGGGUGCGGUCUGUUAAACUGCAGUAGAUUUUUAAUUACAUAAGGAAGCUAAUGGUAUGUAAGUUCUGUGUAUUUCAUUUAUCUGUGCUCUAGAAGAAAACACAGUGCGCAUGUAAAAUAAAGCUCGACAGUAUAUAUUGAAGUGAAUUUCUCCCUGUAGCAUUCAUUGCCACAUGCAUAAAAAUGUACACAUUUUCACAGGCAAGUUAUGGUAGAUUUUAAGCUUCUAUAAAACUUUCUGAGAUUUUGGUCUAUUCUUUACAUGACUAUUAUUAAAAAAAAGUCAUUGUUGUGUUAAGAUGAGGAUUGGUUACUUAAAACUAAAUGGGUUUAGUACAAUAAAAGAACAAUUAAGUACAUGUCCAUCAAUUUACCUUUAGACUUUGGUGAAAAUGUCGGUAUUCAGAGAGAUUGCUUCAGUUUACUUUUCUGGAUGUCAGUGGAGGUGGGUGAUUUAUACAUGUACUGUAUCGGCAGCAAAAGCAAUCUUAUAACCACCUGUCUUAAACAACAUUGCCAUUUAUUCUAAUGCAAGUAGAGAGAGAAUUCAAAUUUUCAGCAUAUGCUAUUUCACACAUUUGUACAUGGAUAUGGUUACAAACUAUUAUCUAUUCUAUAUUGGAAUAACUUGAAGUGGUUGUAACUAUUGUUUACUGAUGCAUACCUUGGGACAAAAUAAAAUGUAUUGCUUCUGACUGAAGUUAGUGUAAA